CGCCUUAUCCGUGUUUUUUUUUUAACAUUUGAAAUUUGCAAACAAGAAAUUCAAGGUGCGCAAGUGUUCAUGCGCAAUGAAAAUUUUCUCGAAUUCGCUGGUCGAUUGCAGUGUUCCAUUUCCAUUUAGUAUUUCAGCUGAUCACGCAUUUAACGGGCGCUUAGUAGAUGUAUGUGAUAUGUUCGAAACUGUCGCAAAUCAGUAAGAAUUGAGUGCUUGUGAUCGGUGCAGCUAGCAAGUAGAAGUGAAAAUGUUUUCGGGACUUACAAAUCAGGUCAGUUCUUGGAUGGGAGCGGCUAAGGGCGAACCCCAAGAUGAAGAAGUACCCACCCCAACCAAAGAAGCUACUGUAGCUGAACCCACAGGACAAGGUGACAAACAAAGUCCAACAAAAGGUGGCAGCAAGUUAGACCUCAUCACCAAUGUCAAAUCACAAAUGACAGGUUGGCUUGGCUCAGGUAUUCCAAUACCUGGACUGAGGAAGAAUGAAGCUGCUCCAGAAACAGGCGAGGCAGCUCCCGAGGCUGUGGAUGCUGUAGAACAAAAGCCAGAGGGGAAAGAUGAUGAUGACAAUUCUAGGUACAAUAGUGCCACCGGCGGCGCAGAUAGCAGGCCAACAUCUACUGGAGGCACGCCGACAGAGGAACAGCCGGCUGGAGUUGGCAAUGGUCAACAGAGUAGAAACAUAUUCUCAGUAGAUGCGAUUGAAGUGCCCGAUAUGCAGCAAUUAACAACAAAGGCGGUAGCGGGAGCCAAGUCCCUGGGUAACUUCCUGUACUCAGCCGUGAAUAAAGCCGGUGCCAAAGUCAGCGAGGCAAGCGCCAAGAUCAAGAAGACAGUUGAGGAGAACAGCAUUCUUGGCGAGUUCAAUCGCGAGCAGGACGCGUUCAUAAAGGGGCAGGAGAAGGGCGGUGGCGCAGCUCAGCCACCAUGGAUCGGCGCACCCAAUGAGCCCGCACUCAAAGAGGAAUGCCUCUCUCUAUCAACUGAUCGACGAAACUUUGUCCGUGCCCCGCCCGCAGGUGUGGAGUUCGAUUUUGACUACGACAAGAUGUACCCCGUCGCGGUAGCCAUCAUGGGAGAGGAUCCCAAUCUCGAGAAGAUGCGGUUCGACCUUGUGCCCAAAGUUAUUACAGAGGAAAACUUUUGGCGGAACUAUUUUUACCGCGUGUCUCUAAUCUGCCAAGCCAAUGAAGCAGAUGCGGUUGCUGAAGGCCAAGGAAGCGCUGAUUAUUCUCAGGAUCCUAAAUCUGCUAGUGGGGUUUUAAUUGCAAACGAGAAAACAUCACAAGAGUCUAUAGAUGACGUCAAGAAAAGAAUCAAAUCCUUGAAAGUUGAUAGAGAUGAUGAACAAUGGGAGAAAGAGUUGGAGGCGGAGUUAAAUGAGUACGAAGUCGUAGCGGAAAAGAGUGGCGAUGACAAAUGGGAAAAGGAGUGCGAAGAUCUUCUUGCGGAUGAAGUGGAUCUCAAGUGAAUUUGUUGUAAUAACCACAACAAUAUCUUGUUCAAUCCUCCUCUUACUUAUUAUCAACUAUAAUGUUACAUUUAUCUUCAAUUAUUAAGUCAAUGAGAGAAAGAUAUUUAAAUAAUCUAAGACAACACUUUCGAUUAUUCCAUUUUCAUGUCUUCGGUUUUCGAGGACCUACUGCCUGUUUUUUAUAACAUUUGUCGUUUGGACGGGAAGUGUUCGGUUUUUAAUCUUACUAACCAAAUUUUUUUAAAGCAUACUGCAUUUAAUGUCCUACCACUGCGUUCAUUUAAAUGUGCAGUUUUUUCAACUUAUUAUUGUAUAAAUAAAAACAAUUUUCUCAUAGCUUAUAAUAUUAUAAAUAGGCCCAUGUCAGCUUGUUGAUAUCAGUUCUUCAUUUAUUUUAUUACAUUUCGACAAAAGUCUACAUACAGAAUAAGGCGACACUAAUUUAAAUAUUGUUCACUAAUACAUAUUUUUAACACGAUACAUUUAAUUGCUUUUCUUUCAUACUUUUCAUAUAAGUUUUUGAAUACUGACGUAGGAAUUCAUGUAUUUUUUUUAACAAUUUGUUAUAGCUUCGAUGGUGUUACGGUAGGAAAUUGUGAAGGGUUGUUUUUUAAUUUUACAAUUUUUAAACUAAUAAUUACUAUUAUAGUAGUAUCAUGAUAUUAAUUCGUAACUAGACGUGUUUCCGCGUGCAUUUUAUCGUCGUUAGAAUACUAAGAUUUGAUAACAUUAAUAAAAUAGGUAAUAUCUUUAUUUAUUGUUACUAAAAGUUCUUUUGUCAACCGAGAUAUGUACUUCCAAAAUUCUUUAUUGAAUUUAAGCGUUCAAACAUUUUAAAGUGUUCAAAUUCUUUAAAAUUGUAGAUUUCACAAAAAGAUAGAGGAAAUUUUACGUUGCAAUCUGUUGAGUAUACUGUCAUGAUUAUACCCAACUAAUUUGUUGUAUUAUUAAUUGAGGGUAGCGCGGAUUUAAAGAUCAUCAAUAAGCGCCAUCUAUUAUCAUUUUCUUAGAAUAUUUCAGAGCGAAAGUGUCUCUAGUGCGUGCGAAGUAUUCGCAGUUCGCCCGGGUAGUUAUAAAAAAUGUGAUCUUAUUAUUUUGUUAAAUGUAUUCCAGAUUACUUUUAAGGUUCUUGCCAAAUAAUACGUGUAGCUUAGUUGUGUAUAUUAAUUGUAUAUUAUUGUACUAUUGACUUCAUUUAGAUUACAUCCUAUAAAAUUCUAUUAAAAAUAGGAAUAAUUUUAAUAUAAACAUUGAUAAUUAAGGCAGCGGUUAAGAUUUCUAUCUACUGGUAGGCGACCAGACAGGCUAAAUUGUAAUACGAAAUCAUAAUGUUUUUCUUGUAAACCUCACUUUAUAAAAUCCUGUUUUAUUAUUUGAAAAAAAAAAAUAAGUUUUUUAUAUUCAAAUAUAGAUCACGACGAUUAUAUUAAAGUUAAACAUAAUAAAAAUUUACACAAACAUAAAACUUUACUGAUUUUGUAAGUAUAAACAUGGGUUCCAUAUACUUUUACUUGCUCCUAUUUAUAUAUAGCGCGCUCAUUAAACAUACAGUUAAUUCCCUCUAUAACGAUCUUUGUGGUUCCGCGUUACAGGAAAACACGUUAUAGGUGCUGUAUGAUAUUUUGCCUAGUUUUACUAUUUUAUUAAGGUUUUUAAUACACAAAUUUAAUAAAAUAAUUUAAUUUUGUAAUAACACAAUAAUUAUUGACACAUGUGCAAAAGUACGCGACGAAUUAUUAUGAAGUGUACAAGUCAUGAUAAAUUUCACAGUACAGAAAUAUGCAUGUGGAUAUUCCACGCGUUAUAUGGCACAAUGCCCGUGUUUGAUUUUGCGUUUACACGUUAUAAGGGUACCGCGUUAUACGGCAGAUUACUCUAAUUAAAAAUGUGCACAACUACAAUAAUGGUAUUAAUUUCCCUUUAUAAAUUGAUUAAUUACACGUGGGUUGCAACGAGACGAGCGUACUUACCAAAUGAUUAUACUUAUUUAUUUGUAUAUGCAUAUUCUUAUUUAUAUGUAUUAUAUUUUAGUUAGUAUUGUUUAGAUGCAAUCUGAUUUAAAAUUCAAUGCGUUCUUUAGCUCAUUGUGAUUAUUUAGUUAUCGCAUUGAAAGUAUUUGUACAUAUUUAAUUUAGGUUUUGAUAAAAAAUUUAGUUUAAAAAAAAAUUCGCAUUUCAUGUUUUGUACUUUAGUAAGUUUGUAUUAGGUGUUAUUAAAUUAUAAAUUAUUAUAUUAUUUAGCCUUGUAUUAUAUUCAUGCUUUAUUUAAUUGCAAUA